CUUACGGAGACUUCUGGGAGUCCCCCCGGGCCUCCUUCCCCACCCGAGCUCCCGCCGCCUGUGUGCCGCCACGCUGCAUCGCCGGAGGCCGUGGGACCCCGAGCCGGCGGGCCGGGGGCUGAUGGGGCCACCCCCGUGGUGGGACCUGUCCCCCACACUCGCCAUGAGGCUGCACCUCCUGGCCUCUCUUUCGGGAGGGGGCCUGGCCUGGCGGGCAGGGGACCGCAGGUGGCCAGCAGAUUUCUCCACCCAGGUGAACUCCUCUUCCCUCAACUCCCCGACGGGGCGUGGCUCCAUGGCUGCCCCCUCGCUGCACCCCUCGCUGGGGCCCGGCAUCGGCUCCUCGCUCGGCUCCCCGGGACAGCUGCACUCGCCCAUCAGCACGCUGAGCUCCCCCAUCAACGGCAUGGGCCCGCCCUUCUCGGUCAUCAGCUCCCCCAUGGGCCCCCACUCCAUGUCCGUGCCCACCACGCCCACCUUGGGCUUCGGCACCGGCAGCCCCCAGCUCAGCUCGCCCAUGAACCCGGCCAGCGGCAGCGAGGACGUCAAGCCCCCGCUGGGCCUCAACGGAGUUCUCAAAGUCCCGGCCCACCCCUCAGGGAACAUGGCGUCCUUCACCAAGCACAUCUGUGCCAUCUGCGGGGACCGCUCCUCAGCCGUGCAGGAGGAGCGGCAGCGGGGCAAGGACCGGAACGAGAACGAGGUGGAGUCCACCAGCAGCGCCAACGAGGACAUGCCGGUGGAGAAGAUUCUGGAAGCAGAGCUGGCCGUCGAGCCCAAGACUGAGACGUACGUGGAUGCGAACAUGGGGCUGAACCCCAACUCGCCCAACGACCCCGUCACCAACAUCUGCCAGGCAGCGGACAGGCAGCUCUUCACCCUGGUCGAGUGGGCCAAGCGUAUCCCGCACUUCUCGGAGCUGCCCCUGGACGACCAGGUCAUCCUGCUGCGGGCGGGCUGGAACGAGCUGCUCAUCGCCUCCUUCUCCCACCGGUCCGUCGCCGUGAGGGACGGGAUCCUGCUGGCCACCGGGCUGCACGUCCACCGGAACAGCGCCCACAGCGCCGGCGUGGGCGCCAUCUUUGACAGGGUGCUGACGGAGCUCGUGUCCAAGAUGCGGGACAUGCAGAUGGACAAGACGGAGCUGGGCUGCCUGCGCGCCAUUGUCCUCUUCAACCCUGACUCCAAGGGGCUCUCGAACCCGGCGGAGGUGGAGGCGCUGCGGGAGAAGGUCUACGCGUCCCUGGAAGCUUACUGCAAACACAAGUACCCCGAGCAGCCGGGAAGGUUCGCGAAGCUGCUCCUGCGCCUGCCCGCCCUGCGCUCCAUCGGCCUCAAGUGCCUGGAACAUCUCUUCUUCUUCAAGCUCAUCGGGGACACGCCCAUCGACACCUUCCUCAUGGAGAUGCUGGAAGCCCCUCACCAAAUGACUUAGGCCCGUCCUCCCGCCUGCCUGCCUGCCCGCCCGGCCACCAGCUGCUCUUCUCCACCGAGCCCCUCCCCGCCCCUCCCCGCCUGGCCCGCUGGGAGGUGGGGGCGCAGCAGCAAAGCCCCAGGGUCCUUGAUGCCUCCUCACGUUCAGUGCCGCUCAGCUGGUCGCCGGCCCCGCCCUGGAGCUGGAGCAGCCGCUGGGGUUUGGAACAUCCUCUUGUUGGGAGUGACCCCCUUGGCCACCUGGCAGGUGCCCUGGCCAGCGCACCCCGCCCAGCAUCUGGCGGGGCGCAAAGGACCCCACCUGCACCGCCCCCCACCCCCGGGCAGACGAGAGGGGCUCUGGGGCAGCAGGCUUCCCUCCCCUCCCAUCGAGGGGCGAGCAGCCCCUUUUCCAAAGAUGACUUGCAGUUCUGCCCCCGAGCCAACCUCCGUGCAGGGCUCUGGAGCCACCUCAAGGUCACCUACCCCCCACCUUGGUUUUCUCUUUGCAUCACCCUGGUCUCAACUUCCCUCGCACAGCCCCGUCUGCCCCAGGGUCACCAGACCCAGCGCGUGGCCGGCCUCAGUUUGGUCUUCUGUUUCAGCCUGCGCUUUCCGGCCUGCCUUAGUCCCAGGCCGUGCUGGGGUGACUCAGCUGACCUCGCGGGCUGAGGAGGCUGCCGGGGAGGCCCACGGCGGGGUGAGGGGCAUGGAGAGCCAGAGGGGCCUGUGGGCACUGAGGCCCGGCGGGAAGGGGCCGGCGGGGCUGCUUGCUGGAGCUGCUGGUAGAGAGGCCCCCUUUGCCGGCUGGCUGUUCCGUGUAGGAGCCUCGUGGAACUGGGGACCGGGGCGCACCAGCAUCCUCGGGCCUGCGGCUGGAUGCCCCUCGGGGACAGCCAGCCCGCCUGCUGUCCUGUCUGGGCGACAGCCUUGUGUGGGACUCCAUCAAACCCCUGCUCUGGUUGAUGGCUCCCUGGUCCAGCCCAGCACCUGCUUCGGUGGCAUCUCGGCUGACCCGGCAGGGGUGAGGCCGGGUGCCGGGGGUGCGGCCUCUCUCAGGGGGGACCAGCUUCCUUUGCACUCUAAGCUCUCCCUUUGGUCUGAGUACCUUCCUUCUCACGCCUCAUACUCCGCGAACCCGGCGUUGGUCACCGGUUGGGGCCUGAGCAGGGAUUUGCAGGGGUGAGGGGAUGCCGUCUCUCCUGUUGUUUUGGCCCUCGAGGGGAUGCUCUGUAGCUCUGGGUGGGGGGCGCAGGGGUGCCCCGGGGGGGUAGGGUGGGGAGAGGUCUCCAGGCCUCUUUGGGGAGGUCGGUGGUGGUCUUUGCCUUCCAGAGUCCCCGGCCCAGCUGGAAGGUGAGGCUCCCAGCAGAGGCUCUGAGGCGGCACAAAACCCCCCUUUAUCCACCGCCCACCCGCUCAUCACGUGGGGAGGUGUCCCCUGGAGGGUGGCCGGCAGAGGCGGGGUGUGCUGAGGCCUGCCCAGCUCCCAGGCGCUCCCCAAAGUCUCGGCAGCCUUCAGGGGCACAGUUGUGACAAGCAGUGAUGCAGGCAUUCUUGGGGACUCCCUCUCAGGGUCCCCCUGGUUGUGGAAAUGGCGGACUGCCGGGCACCCAGCACCCCUGGUGGCUCCUGCAUCCUGUCAUUCCCACCCCGUCCCUUCACGCUCCCCUGGGGGGCCCUCCCCUCUUACCCAGACUGUCACCAUCACGCCCCUCGAGGGCCCCUCUGCUAGUCCGUAAAGCACUGAGGCCCCCAGGCUACUGCCUUGCCCACCCCUCCGCCCCCCCGCCCCCCACGGCCUGCAGGCACAGCGUCCCAGGACCUGGGGCUGCCCUCUCUUCAUCUGUCUACUGUCCUUGGCAUCCAUCCCGUGCCGUUUGAGGAGGUUGUAGUGGGGAGACGGCACAUUGCUCAGUAGAGAGGUAGGAUUUUUAUUUAACCAGACCGUCAGUAGUAUUACCAAUCUGGUUCAAUUAAGGUGAUUUUUUUGUAAUUAUUAUUAUUAUUAUUAUUAUUUUGGUGGGACAAUCUUUAAUUUUCUAAAGAUAGCACUAACAUCAGCUCGUUAGCCACCUCUCGCCCGUCUCCCUCUCGGCCGGGCUGGACGCUGCGAGGGCCCGGGGCCCUUGCUCCGCCGACCCAGUGCCCCGCUCUGACAUCCGGACGGGGCCCCCACCGCAGCGGACCCCAGAUGACCACAUCCCGCGUCUGGCAGGUGUCCGCAAGGCCAGGCUCCGGCUUGCCCCCCACGUCCAGCGUCUCCUUGGAAGCCAGCCCCCCCUGUCCUCUGGAAACGGUCUCUGGGGGAAGGUGGCCGCACGACCUCGGCCUUCCAAGCGUGGGAGCUCCCUCCUCUGCGGGGCUCCCGGGCCCCAGACGCACCGCCAGCGGGUACCCAGCUGAUGUCGUCCCCAUCACGGAGUUGGGGCACACGGCCUGUCCCCGCCACGCAGGGGUGUGGUGUGAAGUGUCUGCGCCGCACGGAGAAGCGUGGCGCCACCAACGUUUUGUUUUCAUUUUUAGUCCAGACUUUCCCCUUCUCCCGUUUUCCUGCACGUUUGCUUCAUGUAAGCAAGUAAUGAGGACCCUCCUUUGGUGAAAUCCGGGUUCGAAUGAAUAUCUCCGGGCAAGGAGUGCAUCUAUUUUAAGAUGCUUCGGAGCGUGCAGCUCCCGGGUCCCCGGUCCGUAGCCAUGCCUUAGCAGGGAGGCGGAGCUAGCGCUUUCGAGAGGGAGACACGUGUGGACAGAGAUAAAAUGUCUAAAGCAUCGGGAAAGGUAAAAAAAAAAAAAAUCUAUUUUUGUACAAAUGUAAUUUUAUCCCUCAUGUAUACUUGGAGGAUGGGGGGGGUGGGACUUGUUUUGUUUCUGCUUCUAGACACGAGGAGGGCGCGUCCUCAGUGACGCAUCGGACGUGGCGCUCAGGCCUUGGUGGAACCGCGCAGACGUCCCCCUCGGGCAGGGGCGGCCCGGGAAGGUCAAGGGCUUUCCUCCCCUUCCGAGAGGCCUUCGGAGCCUGGCCAGCCGGCCUCCCCGAGACUCUGGUGGACUGUGGACCCCCUUCCCCGCGCGGUGGUUCUCCGAACGCCGCCGCCGGGCGCGGACCAACAGCGGCGUCGGAACGUGGAAGGAAACAGAAACUGAGAGGAGAAACAAAAUAUGAGCGUUUAAAAAUCC